AUGUUAUUUUGGAUCAUAAUUAUAUUGCUACAUCACUUAUCACGUGUCACACCUACGACCACUGAAUUUUGCUUGAAAGUCCGUGAAGUGAAACGAAUAGACGUUAGCUUGAAUUCACUUGAUAAACCAAUUGGAAUUUUGCUCAAUUCAACUGCGACAGUCGGCUUAUACGCUUCAUUCUGUGAAUCAAAGCAAGGCAAGGCGAUCUACGUGGGCCAUGGAUCAGCAACACUGAAGCUGUCACCGUUUGAUCUCUUUCAACUAAUGGAAACAACCAAGUGUGAAGGCAGCAUUGAUCCUUUCUACAUACUUUCGGAUCAGCAAUCAAAAAGUUUCUAUUUGACAGUCAUCGGCAAAUCAACUCCUUUCUCGAAUGUGAGCGUUGCGAUAGGUUCCUACAAAACUGAUCAAUUAGAAGAACGUGUGAAGCGAUCGAAGAAAGCGGUGUCAAAUAAUGAUUUUGAGUUCAAUAGAAGCGCAACAAUUGUGGAAAGACAAUUCACUUUACAAACAAGUGAUCAAGAUUUGUAUUUGAACGUAACAUUGAAUGAUUACAGUGAAAUUACUGUUGAGGUUCGUUUAUCAGCAUGUUAUGUUAAUAAGGGUGAAAUUAUCCAUAUAAUAACAGCAAAUAAUGAUUCGUUAUCGUCUUCGAUCUUUUUGAAUUCGUCAGAAGUGGUUGAGUUGAUUGAAGCAACGAAAUGUGAGAAUGAUAGGGACUCUAUUCAUGAUGAUUCUCUCAGUGUGGCUACACAUUUAUAUCUUCGACUGAUACCAUCGAAUUACGAUCAACCCAACUCUGGCCAUAUUCAAGUUAUGAACGGUGACAUGCAACCAAUAGUAAUCACUGUAGUUGAUGAACUCAAAAAUAUGGCCAUAGCAGAAGGAAAAAUAAUGAUAAUGAAACGAAGAUUCUGGAAUGUUACUCGAGAUGAAACGAAAAAUUUGACUGGAACAAUAACGAAUGUUAGCAAGGAUGUUAAAUUAUACGUGAUUGUACAAAAACUCAAAAAGCGUUCGCCUGAAUUGACUCCUUCAAAGGGUUCGUCAUCAUAUCCAUUGAAAGUAUCCAUAACAGGCAAAUCCAUGACAAAUUCGGCGAGUGUUUAUUGUUUAAGCGAAAGUGAGGAACCGUUGAGGGUUGAAAUGAAUAAGAAUGAAAACGACAACUCAAAGUCGUCAUUUUGGGAUUCAGUCAGCGUUUGGCAUUAUAUUUGUGCUGGUCUAGUGAUAUUCAUCGUGACGGCAAUCUUAGUUGCGAUUCUGUUUUGUUUGUUUCGUUGUUUUCAUGUGGAGAACAUUGUGAUACAUGAUCCAAAUGGAACGAUUGAUGCAUAUGGGAAAUUAGGUGAACGACCAAUUCAACUGCAACCAAUACGCAAAUCGCGGAUUUGA